ACAAAGAAUGACAAAGACUCUUUCUGUGUGACUCAGUACCCUCAAAUGUCCGUCAGCUCUUCAGAAAACGUGAAAUAGCGUUUCGCAAUGUGUCAGACGUGGGAGUCAGCCUCAAGCAUCACGUGACACCGAAAGCACCUCCCCUGACGGACUGCCUGCGGGAGAGCCGCGACUUGGAGGGUCCGCCAUGAAAUCCUUCUGCCUCGAUAUCAUUCGGAAAAUCGGAUUCCUGCUUCUGCUGGUCUCGCACGUCACCUCGCAAGACCCACGGCGUCCUGUGUCAGUCCUGCGAAGUGACUCCAGGCAGGAAGGAAGCGACUCUGAAGACACUGUCGUGGAGAACCUGUCAUGUGUAUCAGUGAAUCUUGAAAGCUUACAGUGUAGGUGGGAGAUACCGAAGAUUCCUGUCUCUAAUUACACCAUGUAUCUAUACAACUGGCUACAUCUCUGGGAUAUUAAGCAAAGCUGUACGUGCUACGAAGAGUGGUGUGGCUCUUGCUCCGGGGUGUGCUGUCACUGGAAAGCUCCAGCUUAUGACUUCACUGCUCCUGAAAUUAUGAUUGAACUUUCAACCGGCAGCAGCACCCUAAACGAAACGUUCAACCAGCCAUUAAUCGUUCUCCCUGGUCCCGCCGAGAAGCUAAGCAUAAGCACGACAGAGUCAUACCAGGAGCUCGAAGUCAGAUGGGAUACGCCAAAAUUCCUCAUAAAUUUCGAGCCCGGACUUUUCUAUAGAGUGGACUACAGGCCUAAAAAUGUCAGCGUUUUUGGGUCCCUUGAGUGGAUGAGUGUGCCGGGACAUUAUUACGACAAAAACGAGACGGUGAGGCUGACGUCGCUGCACGGCUGGGUGGACUAUGAGGUGCGCGUGAGACUCCGCUCGGGGGCACGACCUCCGCCCUCACCCGACAAUGGCACUGACGGAUGGUGGUCGUCCGAGGCCUCUGGCAACGCCUUCACGCCGCAGGGAGCGCCCGAGGUUGCCCCAGCCGUGGGCGUGGGGACCUUCGAGGUUGAGAGCGACGCCGACUCCGGGCGGCGGGCGGUCGCGCUGCAGUGGCGCCCCGUGCCCCCGCUGCUGCACAACGGACCCGGCCUGGAGUACCGCGUCCUGGUCAGGGACCAAAACGUAAGACGCGGGGCCGUUGCGUAG